GCGGGGCGCGCCGGACAUGGCGGCUGCCGAGAGGCCCGACUCGGAGGUGGAGGAGGCAGGGCAUGUCUUCCUCCUGAUGAAGAAAGACUAUCGCAUCUCCCGCAACGUGCGUCUCGCCUGGGUCCUCAGCCGGCUCCACCAGGUCAUCUGGGCUGUGCCCGAGCCGGAGCUGGUGAAGUCAGAAAAUGAGCUUGAUGUUCUCAGCAUCCUGCCCAACGGGUGGCAGCCUGAUGAGCCUGUCCAGCCAAGGCCCUAUCUCCUGGUGCCCUCUACACGGGUCACCUUCCUGGCCCGACAGUACCGAUUUGUGAUUGAACUUGAUCUGAGCCCUUCCACAGGGAUUGUGGAUGACUCAACAGGGGAGAUAAUCUUUGAUGAAGUGUUUCAUGCCCUUUCCCGAUGCUUGGUGGGGUUGUUAAGACCCUUUCGUAUCCCUGGGUCAGACAUCAUCUACCAGCCAGAGAUCUUUGUCACCAUCCAGGCGUAUUCCUCCAUCAUCGGCCUGCAGUCCCAUCAGGUACUGUUCCAGGGCUGUCAGCUGGAUGAGACGAAGCGAGAAGCCUUUCUGCACCAGGUUUACACGCAGCUAUGUGCUUUUGAGAACAAAGUGGCAGAGAUGCUGCAGCAACAGUAUGAACCCAAACCACAGAUGGAUUUGUCUCCCCUGAGCCAAGAGAGCCCUGGUGAUGUGCAGGAGUCAUCCGGGCGGAAGCCCAGUGUGUCUGUUGUCACUGCUGAUGUUGGCCUGGUCAGCAUGGUGCGGCAGGGGAUUUUGGCACUGCAGCUGCUGCCCUCCAACUCCAGUGCAGGUAUAAUAAUAAUUACAGAUGGUGUGACCAGUGUCCCUGAUGUGGCUGUGUGCGAGACUUUACUCAACCAGCUCCGCAGUGGCACAGUGGCCUGCUCCUUUGUACAGGUGGGAGGUGUCUACUCGUACGAUUGCAGCUUUGGCCACGUUCCCAAUGUGGAACUGAUGAAAUUUAUUGCCAUGGCCACUUUUGGUGCUUACCUCUCCACAUGCCCUGAGCUGGAUCCCCUAAGCCUGGAUCUGAACGUGUAUCACAAGGCAUUUCUGCUGUACUCUUUUCUGCGUACUGGGGAGUCCCUGAAUCCAGAAUACUACUGUGUGUCCCAGCACAGACUAUUCAAUGAGCACUUGGUGUCUGCAAGCAGCAACCCUGCUCUGGCGAUGAGGAGGAAGAAGCACACGGAGAAGGAGGUGCACGCUGACCUUGUGAGCAUUGUUUCAGUCCGGCUCCGCGAGGGCUACAGCAUCCGUGAGGUCAACAUCACGAAAGGUGGGUCUCAGCUGGAGGUGAAAUUAGUGCUGCUUUGGAAGCAUAACAUGAGGAUAGAGUACUUAGCUGUGACACCCUGGCCUCUGGACCCAUCAAAGCGCAGCACAUGGGUGGAGGUGACGAUGGAGGGAAGCUAUGACAUCUUGCACGACAUCAGUUGCACCAUGAGGAAGCCUAUCACCAGUCUGUACCGCACUACAGUCAUCCGACGCUUCUGGAACACCUUACAGAGCAUCAACCAGACAGAUCAGAUGUUGGUUCAUCUGCAGUCUUUUGACACAGUCCCAGAACACUUCACCAUUCCUGAAAGCACCAAGAAUGGGGUGCCCCUCUUCUAUAUCCCACCAGGCUCCACCACUCCGGUGCUGUCACUGCAGCACAGUGGGUCUGACUCCAGCCAUUCCCAGUUUGCCUCUUACUGGAAGCCUAUUCUUUCCAUGGAUGCCAACUUCUGGCAGAGGUGGCUGCACAUGCAUCGUAUAGUCCUCCUUCUGGAGCAUGACACGCCUGUGCCUAAGCACUUGCACACGCCAGGCAACAACGGCCGCUACAGCACCAUCCAGUGCCGCAUCUCUCACUCAGCGCUUACCUCCCUGCUGCGGGACUGGAGCAGCUUCGUGCUGGUGGAGGGUUACUCCUACGUCAAACUGAUCCAUGGGUCUGAGGAUCCCACUCCUUCCUCAUUUUAUGUGGUGCGGAUCAUCUCCAAAGCUCCCUGCAUGGUUCUCCGGCUGGGGUUCCCAAUUGGCACACCUGCACAGGCCAGGAACAAGAUAGUGGAGGAGUUACGGGACCGAAUCUUGCAGCUGCGCUUUCCCCACAGGGUCCAGAGCAAGGAGGCAACUCCAAAAGCAAAGAGGAAAACAUUUGGCAGCAGUUCUCCCUCCAAGUCUCCACCAGUGGCUGGGGCCCAGUCAGCCCUCUCAGACAGACCCUGCCUUGUUGUGCUUCACAAACCUCUGGAGAAGCUACUCAUCAGGUAUGAGAAGCUGCCUUCUGACUAUCGAGCCCCGUUCAUUCUCAACCUGGAGCAUCCCCCAGUGUCUGGCCCGCUCACAAUGGUGGCAAAUCGUACUGCCUCUUCCACCCUGGCCUCACUGUCCCGCUACUUCUAUCACCAGCGUUGGAUCUGGAGUGUCCAGUCAGGGCUGGCACCAGCUGUGCCCAUUACUGCUGUAGCCCAGCUCCUUUCUACACUCACAGAGGUUCGUCUGUCGGAGGGUUUCCACUUUGCAUCCAGUGGGGAUGGAAUUAUCAACAUGGUACUGGAGCUGCCCAUACAGAUUGACGGCACAAGCGAGAGCAGCAGUAGCAGGGAGAAGCACACCUGUGUUGUCCAGUACAUCCUCUUCCCACCCCACUCCACCUCCACCAAGGACAGCUUUUCCACAGAUGAUGACAACGAUACAGAGGUAGAGGCCAUUGAGGUGGACACAGAACUGAACCUGGUCACUGAGUGCUGGGUAGAGCCACAGAGUGGCUAUGUCCACAGUACUGCUGAGAACUGGAAGCACCUCAAUGGCUUGCCUUACCAGAAAAUACCUAAGGCGCUCUAUCCCCGGGACCUUGCGUGCAUUGCCACCAUGCUGACCUUCGAGUACAUCAGCCAGUUGUGCCAGAACAAGGAAUGGGUCUGCCCUCCUUCAGAGACCAAAACUACUGAAGAUCCAGACAUGGGGGCAGGUUUUGGAGUGCAUGAAAUCCCAUUUCAGUUCAACCUCAUGAAGCUGUUGCCCAGGUGCCAGCAGGUUGAAAUGUUCUUCCUGAUGCUGACAAAAGAGAAUGAGGAGGUGACCAAGGACUCUUCGUUUGUGCCCAAUGAAAUGCUACUAAACCUCUUCCAUGGCUGCCUGCAGCAUGACCUCAGUGACCGGGAGAUCCCCAUGGCUGAUGCUGAUCAUGUGGCUUUCAUGGAGCAGGUUCUGCAACGGGAUCGUGAUGGCCAUCAACCCCCCUUCACCCUCCCUGUGAUCAGAGAAGAAAGCCUGAAAGCCUCUGCAAUUCUGGAGCAGCAGGAUGCUUCUGCAUCCUAUCAUCUUGUUGGCAGCAAUGGUACUAGGGAUAUGACUGGCUCCACAAGUACUCUGCAGAGCCUUGGCAACACAGACCUGCCUGAGGAUGAUGUGACCCUGAGUGAUGCAACGGGGCCCUUUCCCCCACAGUGGCGAUGUUAUGCCAAGCUGGUCAACACACAGCAUGUCUUCCUCACCUUCCUGCCAGCCACCUUCUCAGAUGUACAGAAGCUGAUGGCUUGCGGAUUAGACAAACCUCCAAAAGAUGAGAGUCAGUCUGGGGAGGACACCCUGGGUCCUGUCUGUGCAGAGCAAGUCAAGGAUGAGGCUGAAGAAGGGGAUGCUGCAGUGCCAUUACCUACCCUCAGCAUAACACCAGCCCACGAAGGGAGUUGUGAUCCUGGAGAGCAAGGUGGCUCCUCUCGCAGAGAUGUGCAUAUCUCCUUCUGCCACCAGAACUCGCAGUCUGAGCUAGGUGAAUGCCGCCGAUUUCGCUGCCCCAUUUACAUCUACAGCUGCUCUUUGGAGUUGUUAAGAGAGCAGCUUGUCAGCCCACGGGCACAUCGUCCUCCUCGGGACAUCUUUUUCAGGUCCCAGUCUCUGGAGCGUCCUCCUGCUACUGCUUGGCUGGACCACAAGCAUAAGGAGUUAGUGAGUUACUGCACGCUGCUGCAGGAGCACUCCCACCAGUGCUAUGUGAAAGGGCUGUUCAAGAGCCUUCAGCAGUCUCACAGCAUCAGCUCGCAGGACCUACUUACAGCCAUGGACUACUGUGAAGAGCUGCUUCAAGAGAUUGAUAUCACUAACUUCCUGCUGACGGUGUGCAGCCAUGUCCGCUCAUUCCGAGAGAGUCACCAGCAUUUCCAUACGCACACCAGGACAGCCAGCUUCCAAGUGGGUAGCAUAGAGCAUGAAGAGGAACAGAGCUCUAGGGAGAGAGGUGUCUUGGUCUCUGAAUCAAGUGCGGAAAUGGAGGACUACAGCGAGCAGGACUCCCAUAACAUUGCUAGCCCCACAGAGGAGCCAAAGAGCAGUGUGGGCACCAGCUGCUGCUCAGAGUUUCCCCUCUCGCUACUGGAAAUUGGGCAGCCCUGCCAGGCUCACCCUGACCUACAUAAAAUAAUCCAGGAAAAAUUCCUGGAAAUUGGAAGUUUACAUUUCAAGCCAGUGCCAUCAAAUCCUCACUAUUUCUUCUAUUGCCCACCAUCAGCCAAGAAAGAGGAAGAGGCACCUCGGGAUCAGGCAGACAGAAAAGGCAGUGAGGACAUGGAGGGAUCAGAGCUAGAAUUGGCAGCUGAAGAAGGAGCUGUGUCUGGGUGCUGCAUUGCCACUGAGAGUGACCCAGAGCUGGAGGUGGAGUACCGUGAGAAGCUGGAGCAUGAGUUCCCAGACACGGAUUCCUUGUCGGACUCCAACACAGUGAAUCAGGAUGAUGACUCCUUCAGCGUCCUGGGAGGGGAUUCGCUCAAUGAGCAGGAGUUCCUGGAGCAGGAGAUGCCCCCACUUUUUGUGCACCUUACCUGCUCAGUGAAGCUGCGUAGCCAGCACAGCUCCAUGCCUGUGCAGUCCCUCCCAACUUGUCUAGGGGAAGUUCUGGGCUGCCUGGAAAGCUGCCAGGGCUUGAGCACCAUUGACCUGGGGGACCUCUGUGUGACCCUGGACAUCUUCGUGCUGACACUGCCCCUAGAGAUAGAAGUUGUGAAUGCAGACAUUCUUCACAACAGAUGCACUUCAGAGAGCAGCGUGUCCUUUACACGCUCUCCAGGGCAGCCAUCCUCUUUCCGCUCAGAUGAGGAUAUCAUGCACAACUUGGAACGGCUCCCAUCCACAGGAGAUGAAAGGCACCCUGCGCUUUCCAACCUCCCUGGAGUGCACAGGCAGGCUAUUGAAGCCACUAUGAAUGAGAUUCGCUGGCUCCUGGACGAUGAGAUUGUGUCUGCACUACGCCACUCCCAGGUCAUCAGCACCUCCAUCCUGCACCGGGUGGCCACCCAUAUCUACAACUCCAAGGGGCGGCCCAGCUGCCACAGUGAGGUGGUGCUACUCCAGUUUGUCUUUGGACCUGAGCACUCUCUGGAGAAGUUCAAGGAGGAAUUCAGAAGAAUGGUGGUGCCAGGCUACAUGCUUAAUGCAGAAGGCAGUGACUACCACUACAUCUCCAUCAGCCGCCUGCACUCCAGGCAGGCAGCUCCAAACCCUUCAGGGACACCCUCCUUGCAGCAGCCAGCUGGAGGGGGCACCAGAACAACCCUAGGCCAGGCAGGCCAAGAGGGGAGCAGUGAAGCAGAGGCAGAGGGCUCUGAGCUACACCACACAACCUGUGCCCUCGCAGAAGAAGCCCGGAGUCUCUGGGGGUGGCCAGAGAGUGAGACACACAUUGUGCCAGACACAGGAAACCCCCCCAUAGACAGCCACAUGCGGGAUGAGGUCCCAGGAGAAGCACUGAGCCUUGAGCAGAGCAGAGCACCUGGCCAUGACUCCCUGGAGGAGGCAGCUCCAGAGGCAGCCGUACAGUCACUACCAUCCUCAUCAUCUGAAAAGGGCAACAGCGAGAAAUCACCAUUGGUGACACCAACUGCAGCAAGCCUGGCUGACUCCGUAACACAGGGCAGGGAAGGCUCCAGUAAGCAGCGUCCCAGCCGUGUGCAGAGCCUGGUGUCAAGCCAGGGCAGCAUGGACUCUGACCACCUGGGUUACGAUGGUGGAAGCAGUGAUUCGGAGUAUGAGGAGGCACUAAUGAGCGACCAGGAACCCAGGUGUCCCCUCAUGCCGGAUUUCUGGCUCAUCAUAAAAAUCCAGCAGGACCGAGUAGAGGUCUAUUACCACACACGCAGCCUGAGUGUGGAGACAGCAGCAUCAGCAGAGACGGAAGAGGAGCAGCCAGGGGAGUGCCAGAGUCUCAACCAAGUGGUGGUGAAGAAGAUCAGUGAAAUCUGCAGGGUUGUCAAUCAGCGCUUGCUGCUGCAGGACCUGCAUGACAGUCACAUAUGCAACUCAUUACUGGUGGCAGAAAGUGAGGAGGACAUCUGGAAGAGUGAGACACCCUAUACUUCAUACAGGCAGCGUGUUAUGCCCACAGACGAUUACUCUGUAGAGGAGAGCUACCAGCCCCGGGACUACCUGGCUGCCACCAUGCAGUUCAUGCCAGGGCACUUUGCUUGUGAUGUUGUGUGGAGCACACUCAUCCAUGUGCAUUCACGCCUCAAGAUGGGCCCCAACAUGGGGGUCUCACGAGCUAUCCAGGCUCUUCGCUCGGUGCUCAAUGCCUUCUCAGUGGUGAACAGGAAGAAUAUGUUUGUCUACCAAGAACGUGCCACUAAAUCUGUUUUCUACCUCCGGCUGACUGAAACUACCUACAGUGGGAAGGUGUGGGAAGCAGAGAGUGUCCUUAGUCCAGCAUCUCGCUCGCUGGCACUGACACGCAGCCAGGAGCCCAUUUACACUGAGGACCUAAUGGGUUCUCGUUCAUCUCUGGACUCAGCUUCAUGCCGUAGUGUGGACUCUGCCCGUCCUGUGGGACAGAUAGACAGGCACAUCCAGCUGAUGGUCCAUGGCGUUGCCCCAGCAGGGCCUGAGAUCACAGAUGAGCUGGUGAAGGUGCUGCGCAGACGCCUGGAUGAGGCAACUCUGGAUAUCAUCACUGUGAUGCUGGUGCGGAACUGCAAGCUGACACCAGCAGAUGUGGAGUUUAUCCAGCCCCCUGGAAUGCCACCCACAGAGGUCCUGCACUUUGCGCUGCCGCCCUCUGCCCUGCCUUGGCUCCAUGCGGUGGCUUACUACCUGCGCCAGAACCUGCUCAUCUUCCUGCACACCCCGAAGUACACAGACAGCAAUGUGGAGCACCACUUCAAGCACUACUUCAACCACAGUGGGAGCAUCCCAGACCAGGAUCUCUACCUGUACAACAAGCCGGGUGGCCAAGGCACUGGUGGAAAAGGAAUCGCAUGCAUCGCCCUGACAUUUGUGGAUGAGCACGGCAGCCCCACCUUGCUGCCACAUGGCGAGAGGCCUGACCCUCUGAAGCUGCCUUCCUUCUCACCUAUCGUGGGCCUGCUACAGGACACUGACUUCGAAAGCCUCACAGCUGUCAGCAAGCACCAGCCAGAGACUGGCACCCUGCCUUCAGAGCCCCGUGUGCUGGUGCGUCUGGAUAUCUGGGAAAAGGGCAACAUCAGCCUGCUGCAGCUGUCGGAGAAGCUGCGCGGGGCCCUGCGCCACGCGCUCUGUGAUGCUGUCAUGGAGUUCCUUGUGCUGCCAGCCCCGCUCUGCGUGGAGGCUGCCUGUCCCCUGGGUGCUGCUGACCUGGAGGACCUGAGCUCUGCAGGAGGCUUAAGGAGGACCAUGUCAGAGACCAAGGGCCUGGCCCUGGCCACCAGUGGGGCUAGCAGGAGCUGUCCUCCACCCCUGCAUUUCACCUCUGCCCCUUCAUCCAGCUCUGGGGAGCCAGUGACACCCACAAGCAAGCUGGGACGCCGCAGCUUCUGGGACAUGCUGAGCAAGGCAGAGUCCUCAGAGCUGGGCAGCCCCAAGACUACUGAUGACAUUGUGCUGGAGAGGCCAGAAGAGGCUCGCACGAGGCGGCGGCACAAGACUGAGAGUGUCAAGCAGCACCAGAGCCAGGAUCGAGCCACAGCCACAGCAGAACUGGAACAGGCACAGAGGCGCCGAGCCUGCCAGUUGGAAGAAGGGGAUGUAGGUACCAUGCACCCAAUCUUCAAUCAAACCUGCCAGCAGUGGAUGGCGUUCAUGAACCAUUUGGGGUGCCCAUCGGUGCAGCAGUGCUCGGUGGAGAUUGUGUCCCGUUUCCUCCUGUCCUCCAUCCUGGUGGAAGUGGUGAGCCUGGUCACUACCCUGGCAAGUGAUACCACUGUCAAGGUGUUUGAGCAGAUCUGCUGCCAUGGUGGCUCUGCCUUCCUGCCCUAUAAGCCUGGACAGAGUGCCAGCCCUCGCCCUGCAGCCGUUAGGCACUUCAUCCUGCUGGGACGCAACUUCCAGCAGUGGCGGUGCAGCACGGAACAGGCUCACAAAGGGCUCCAGCGCUUUGAGGCCAUGGAAUUCAGUUCAGCAGAGAGAGGCUCUGAUCCCAGCCUUGUUGGACGAGAUCUGGUGCCGCGGCAAAGAUUCCUUUUUAUGGAGAUCAUUGACAAAAAGCUGACUCUCUAUACCUACAACUGGUCCCCAGACCUGGGGGCCAACCUGAACUGCUCCCUUACUCGCCUGCUGCAGUGGCAGAAUGCCCGGUCCCACAUUGUGCACUGUCUGAUCAGCCAGAAGCUGGGACUUUUCCACCACCACUGCUUCAUGGACACGCCAUGGCAUGAGGACAGCAAGCAGGAGCCAAAUCCUUUCCUGAACUCCACUUUGGAGGUGGAUGCACUGAUCCGGAGCUCCAGUCCCCCACCUAGCAAGGAGCAAGGCCGGCUGAGCAGCUCUGCCCGCAGCCUGCCAUCUCUGCACUUCCAUCCUGAUGUGGUACCCUUUGAUGAAGCUCUGCGGGAUGUUACCACCAUCAAGAGAAUUCCCCAUGGGCCUGAGUCGGGACCUUUUGACCCCGUGUCUUGGCAUGGGGCCCAGUUCCUGGAAAUCAAGAGCAUGGAGAGGAAAGAACUGGAGAAGCAGAUGAAGAUUGAAAAUCUCUUUGUUACCUGGCAGCAGAGAUCAGCACAGUCCAACAUGCCUAUCAGUCUGGCAGACCUGGAGACCCUAAAGCAGUCCUCACGCCUGGUUCACUACUGUGCCACCCCCUUACUCUUUGACCCAGCCUUCCGGCAGCAAAUCCAAACUGACCAGCAGGGCAAGGUGGAGGGGAAGAAACGCCACCGCUCCAAUGACUCCACAGCUUCAGGGAGAGACCGCAGCCACAGCUGUGACUCUGCAGAGGCGCUGCCUUGCAAGGUGAAGGAGGAGCCCUGGCUGCAGGAGAUGUGCAAUGCCUUCCUGCAGCAAUACAUCCAAUACCUGCAGAGCAUGGGCUUCAUUUUGGUCCAGGUGCGGCCACCCUCGCCCACCACUCGCAGUAGCACAAGCCGGAUCCGAGCUCUGGCAGCAAUGGGUGUAGAGGGAAGAGGGUCCUUUUCCUACACAAAGCCAAAAACAGAAGGGAGUCCAAAGAGCACAAAUCCUGCUGUUGCCACUUAUCAUCUACAGAGAGCCCUUCCAGGUGGGAUUGUGCUGAUGGAGUUGGCCUUUCAGGGCUAUUACUUCUGUGUGAAGCAGUAUGCACUGGAGUGCUCGCGGAUCCCCAUGGGCCAGUCUGUCAACUCUCAGGGCACUCUUACAGCCAGAGCUCGCAGCAAGAGCUGCAUGGGACCCAGCUCCGUCUCUGAGUCUGCGCUCUCUAUGCUCUUCACAGAGGAGUGUGACAAGGUGCGGGAUCUCAUGCACGUGCAUUCAUUCAGCUACGACUUCCACUUGCGUAUAGUCCACCAGUACCUGCUGGGUUCCCACAUGACUCUCCGCCAGGGCUACCACCUCACCAGCUUCCUGGAGGAUUUCAUUGCCCACCACACUGACAUCCCCAAAUUUGGCCGCAACCACGUUUUCCAAGGCACGCUGGCCCUGCCCACCAACAUGAUCACUGCACACCAACUGUACAACUACAUCGCUGACCACGCCAACACCUACCACAUGAAACCAUUGCGCAUGGCCCGGCCAGCCGCAGGCAGUGACAACAAGAAGGGGACACCAGGCACAGAGCAGAAUGAAUAUGCACUGGUCUCCAUUUGGAACAGCUCUGGCUCCUACAAGGACUCUGAAGGUCUGCGUCAUCAUGAUGACUUUGAUGUGUCCCUCCUGGUGUGUCACAGUGCAGCACCGUUUGAGGAGCAGAGUGAGGCAGAGAGACGCAUGCUCCGCUUGCGUUUCUAUGUCAUCAUGACAAGCCAGCGGGAGCUCUUUCCCCGGCUCACGGCUGACAUGCGGCGCUUCAAGAAGCUGCCGCGCCUGCAGCGGGAGGUGCUGGAACCUGUGGUGGGCCGGGCAUCCUGGGAGGCAGCAGAGCCGGAGACCAGCCUGGGGCGGCAGCAGCCAGCGGAGCGGGAGCUGUGGCAGGACGUGGAGGACAGCAGCGAGUUCUACGCAGGGGGCACGCAAGUCAAACUGGGGCCGGGACUCUUCUACACCUCACCACUCUUCCCCUUGUUGGCCUCUGAGGUGGCCUCAGCCCAGAAGCAGCUCAGCAGCAUGGUGCAGCUGGCCAAAUGCCACUGCCGCAGGGACAACCUCUGGAAGCGCCUCUUCCUUCUGGAGCCCCUGGCUUCUGACAAGCUGAAGCUGGGCAAGCUCUCACUGGUGGAGCUGGAGGAGCUGCUUGAAGCCGUGCAUGGGAAAUCCAUUGCUGAUGUCGACCCCCAGCUGGAAUGCUUCCUCACCAUGACAGUGUCCUGGUACCAGAGCCUCAUCAAAGUGCUGCUGAGCCGCUUCCCCCAGAGCUGCCGGCACUUCCACAACACUGAGACUGGCACCCAGUAUCUGGUCGUGCUCAACCAGAAGUUCACGGAUUGCUUCGUUCUUGUGUUUCUCGAUUCCCAUUCAGGAAAGACGCAGAGUCUCACCGUGGUUUUCCGGGAGCCGUUCCCAGUGCAGCCCCAGAACAGUGAGAGCCCCCUGCCACAGCUUGUGUCCACAUACCACCACCUGGAGUCGGUUAUCAACACCGCCUGCUUCAACCUCUGGACAGGCCUGCUCUAGCACUGGCACCCACAUCCUCGAGCAACACGUGUAGCACACCUCCUGGUGUGGCUGUGCCAUGGGUCACCAUGGGGAAGAGCAGGCUCCGGCACCGCAGGCAGGGAUGCUGGUGGCGUGCAAGGGUGCUGAGCUGAGGAGCCUGGGGAUAUGCACCUCCAUGCGUCCCUGGCUGGCUGGUGUGACCCUCAGUGCACUGUUGUCAGUGGACUUGAUACUGAAUGACCUUGAACUGAACUGCAAGGGCAGGAGCUUGGCUGCUGUAGCUUGGCUGAAGUGGAGCAAUUCUCAGGGACACAGCUUUGGCAUCUGCAGAUGAGUUCUGCCUGCUGGGAAGCCAUGGAGGAGAACAUAGAGCACCAGUUCUGCACAGGGCAGCACUGCACACUGCUCUGGCUUGAGGUGGAAAGGCUUCAGGGCUCUGAGCAGUGAGGCUGCCCACUUCUGUCCCUUUGCUUUCAUCAGGAGAGCACUAAAGGGGAUAGGAAGGGUGAACUGGACCAGGGGAAAGUUUGAUGGAGAUGUACAUUAAAGCCAUUGACGUCUCUGUGAAAUAAACUGAAGCAGAUUCCCA